CUCUCUCUCUCCACUUCCUCGGAAAAUACUACUGUAUCUCUCUCUCUCUCUCUCUCUCCACUUCCUCGGAAAAUACUGUAUCAAACAGAAUUCCAUUAUAGGAGUAGUCACUAGUCUCGGCUUUUUUUUCCCAUUGUAAAGCAAACAAAGCACUGAAAAGGCAUAAGUCAAAAGUCCCCUGUUCGAAUUACACUCACUCACAUGUAUACAAUUCCUUCAUACAUUGCACGGCCGAAUCUCUACCUCUCGAGGCUCUCACCCACCCCAUUAUUAUUCAAAUGAAUUUGCUCUAAAUUCCCUUGAAAAAAAUCCCCAUUACAAUCGUCCUCCACAUAUAAAGUGUGUACGUAUGUGUUAUAAGCCCUAGCUUUGGUAAAAAAAGAAGAAGGUGGGUUUACAUUUGGAUGAUUCAAGCAUUUGCAAGAAAGACUGGGGUUCUGAGAGGUUUAAGAAGUAGAAAUUAUCUGGAAAUGGAAGUCAUUUUGAGGGUCUCAUUGAGUCCCUGAGGAAUGCGGAAGGUGUAAUUUUUUGGGAAUUUUUUGAUGGGAAAAAGCUGAAUUCUUUUUUGGAGAUCUCUGAGGUUGAGGAAUAGUGGUGAGUUUGGGUGGUUUUUAGGGCUUACCUUAGGAUUUGUGUGGGGCUCUGGGGAGGUAGUAGUUAAUUCUGGUAAUUUAGGGGUCAACAAGUUCAAACAUGUCUACAUUGAAAAGCUCUAGGAGGGUUUUUUUUUGAAUGAUAUUAGGGUAUAAAGGGUUUAGUUAGGAAAGUUGAGCAUCUGAAUGGAAUAACCCUGAAGUCUGGUGGAAGAAGGGAAAGAUUUUGGGUGUUUCUUAGAUGUCAGGAACUCCGAGAGUUAGGUCGACGAAUGGGGUUGAUUCGGAGUUCAGGCCUGUUCUUGGACCCAAAGGAAACAAGGCACAGAGGUCAGUGAGUUCGCGGAAACCCUUAACCAAGCCUCUGAGAAAGAUGGAGAAAUCGAUGGAGCAGGAGGAGGGGGUUAUGGUAUUUGCUGAAGAGAAGAAUGGCUUAACAUCAUCAGCUACUGUUGUUGCGCCGUUAACGCCUCCUUUGCGUUCAGUUAGUAGGCAAGAGCAGUUACUUCAUGCUAGUUUAUCACGCAGUGCUUCAUGUUCGUCUGAUGCGUCUUCGGAUUCGGUUCAUAGCCGUGCAUCAACUGGUCGUAUGUAUAGGUCGAACGGUAUAGCAGUCCAGAGGAGGCAAUUGGCUUUGAAGUCGAAAACUAGUGUUCUUGAUGGUAUUUCAGAGCCUCUAGCAGAUAGCUUACAACUAAAGAAAAGGUGUGCCUGGGUGACACCCCAUACUGACCCUCAUUAUGCCACUUUCCACGACGAGGAAUGGGGACUCCCUGUGCAUGACGACAAGAAAUUGUUUGAGCUUCUUGUCUUUUCAGGGGCUUUGGCUGAACUUACAUGGCCUGCCAUUCUUAGCAAAAGGCACGUAUUCAGAGAAGUCUUUGCAGAUUUUGAUCCUAUUAUGGUGGCAAAAUUCGAUGAGAAGAAGAUAACAGCACCUGGAAGCACUGCAAGCUCAUUAGUUUCAGAGCUCAAAUUGCGUGCCAUUAUUGAGAAUGCACGCCAAAUGUCGAAGGUCAUAGACGAAUUUGGGUCAUUCGACAAAUACAUCUGGAGCUUUGUGAAUUACAAGCCUAUAAUUAGCAGAUUCCGUUACCCUCGCCAAGUCCCUGUAAAGACCCCAAAAGCAGACGCAAUUAGCAAAGACUUAGUGAGGAGGGGUUUCCGGAGCGUGGGACCCACCGUAGUGUACUCAUUCAUGCAAGUAGCAGGUAUAACAAACGAUCACCUAAUUAGCUGCUUCAGAUUCCACGAAUGCGUAAUGGCAGCAGAGGGAAAGGAAGUGAAUGAGGUCAUUUUGGAUGGUGUUGAUGAAAAGAAAACAGGUGAAGCGAUGGAACCGGAAAUACGCAGGGCUAUAGAUGAACUGAGUCUCGCUUUGGAAUGACCAAGUUUACCCAUACUGACUGUUAUUUGAUUCCACUUGACGCUGGCAGGAAUGACGGUAACUGUGUGUAUAUUCUUCAUGAAUUUCUAUCCAAUCCUAGGUUGUAGAUUAGCAAGAAUGAACUUAAAUCUACCGGCGGUGGUGACCGUUGCCAGGAAAUGUACAACUGUUUAUACAGUGGAAAAGGGUUAGUUAAUACUAGUGUUUAGCAAUUGUCUGAAA